GCUCACUGUUUUCCUGCUAAUCCUGCUGCUCACUGCAUACCAGCUACCAGCCACAGGUCCACAAUUUUUGCGACAGUAUGUUCGCUCGCAUCGCUUUAUUUACAAUCGCACGUCACAAUCAGACAAUCAAUUAGUUUUAAUCAGUGAUACACAUUGUUAACCUUUGAGUACUUUGAACACUAUCGUAAAUCCUGCUGCUACUUCAACAGCCCAUUUAAAAUCAUGGAAGAACAAAAAUCUAUGGAAAAGUGCUACGAAAAUUUGAUUGUUAUCGAUGUCGGUGCGAAUUUAACAAACAAGAAAUACAGCAGAGAUCUGGACUCUGUGAUUCAAAGGGCUCAAGAUGCUGGAGUUCAAAAAAUAAUGGUAACUGGUACAUCAGUGAAAUGCAGUAAAGAAGCCCUCAGAUUGACUAGGAUUUACCCUGGCACAUUGUAUUCAACAGCAGGAAUACAUCCGCAUGAUGCAAAAUCCUACACAGAAGAAGGCUGGGAAGAACUGAAAGAAGUGGCAAAGAAUCCAGAAUGUGUGGCAAUAGGUGAAUGUGGCUUAGAUUACAACCGAAACUUUUCAGAGCCUGAUGAGCAAAGAAAAGUCUUCAAAAACAAGUAAUAUAAUCAUUCCCAACAAAAUAAUCAAACUAAUUUAAAUUAUUCUUAGAUAGACUUAGCAUGUGAACUUAAAAAACCACUGUUUGUCCACGAACGAGAAGCGCACGAAGAUGUGCUCAACAUUUUAGAAAUGUAUACCGACCGCCUGCCGCCGGUGUUAAUCCACUGCUUCACCGGCACCACCGAGCAGGCGAUGAACUAUCUAGAUAGAGGCUAUUAUUUAGGAUUGACGGGAUAUUUAUGCAAAGAUAAAUCAGACACAGGCGUGCGAAAACUGCUCGUCGAUAAUCUGAUACCCUUGGAUCGUUUGCUGGUGGAAACGGAUGCGCCGUUCAUGUAUCCGAACACGCGAGCAUCAAAAUUGCCGGUGCAUGUUAAGGACGGACUGACUGAAAGAUCGAUGACGUUUCUACAUCGGUAUUGUACGUUCCAACGCAACGAGCCGUGCUCAUUGCCAGCGAUAGUGGAAAUGAUUGCGGCGUUUAUGAAUAAGACGCCCGAUGAAGUCGCGCUGGCAACCGCCUUUAAUGCGCUGAAGUUAUUCGGCCUAUCGCAAUGACGACACUGCGUGCAGCAGCCAAAAAUGACAAAUUUUUGACGAAAAUUCAAACGCCUUGCAAUAAGAAAGCCGCGCACACUAGAAAUUAACCAUUUAUGGAUAUAUUCCAAUGGUUUUACAAUUCGUAACAAUCAUAUCUGUAUUGUUUGUGCUUUCUUUAUUUAUAAACUUACAUUAACGUGAUGUAACGUUAAUUUUUUGUUCACGGUGUAUGCGCUGGCUUUCUACGCUGUUAAAUUAAAUAUUUUUAAUUAAAACGCGCGUCCGACGCGAUCUAAACACAUUGUGAUACCUAAAAAAUGUCACUGCUAUUUUACACAGAGCUAUUUUUUAUGAAAACAUGUUUUGUAAAUAUUUGCGGAACUAGAAUGCGUUAUUAGACUAGACUGUAAACACUAACUGGUCGAGAAUUUUGCAUGUUUUGCGAAAUCACUGCGAUUUCUAGCACUGACGGUACAUUAAUUAUCAUUGUUGUUAUUAAAGUGACACGUAGCGUUACUAUUUGUACACAGAACACAGAAUAUGUUCAAAUUGUACAGAUAAACGUGUAAUAUACUCUUAUUAUGGUCACUUGUGUGUGUGUAAAAACUAAAACUUUAUAACUUGUCAUAAAUUUCUAUGGCAUGCAAUGUGUUUUAGUUUAAAUUUAGUUUCUACGCGCUUAUUGCUCAUGUUUAUAUUGAAUAACUCAAGAGAUUAUUUGUUGUAACUAUAAAUAUGACUAUCUAUGUUAUGUGUCACUCGUUAAUUUAAGUCGCACGACUGUAGUUUAUAAACAUUUCUGUUCAUUGUAUUAUUCCUGUUUGUAUCUUGCCAAUUUUAUGGACGAAUGGUGCCCAACAUUGUGAUAAUGAUAUUGCCUUAAAUGAGCGCCGAAAUAAAGAUGGCUGAAAUCGA